AUGGGAGGGAACGCAUUCCGCCAAAUACUACCUGAUACUUCCUUUCCGCGCAUGACACCUCAUCUCUACAAGUCUCUAAAAGCCAGCCUGAUGCCUCGCAUCGAGGACAUGUAUGAAUUGGCCGCGGUUCCAGCUGAAGCCCCGGGAAAAGUGGACUACGGGGACCUCGACUUCGUCGUGUCGCGUCCACGAGCAGACGUGACUCUGGAGAUGGUGAAGAGUGCACUCGGUGCAGUGCAUAGCAUACCGUUCGAGGGCAAUCGUACGAGUCACUUUGCAAUCUUCCAUCAAAUAGACGUGAACGUGUGCGCGGAUGAAUAUGAGUGGGAGCGCACGGUAUUCUUGCAUUCAUACGGAGAUAUGGGCAUGAUCCUGAGCUUAUUCGCCCGAGGAGUGGGUCUCACACUCAGCCCGCAUGGGUUGAAGCUUUUGCGCCCGUUGCCCACAAAACCUCCAACAACCUUCUUUCUCUCAUUCUCUCUCAACGAUAUUCUUGCCUUCUAUGGAUUGUCGAGGGAUAGGUGGGCUGAAGGAUUCACUACCGAGCGAGAGGUCUUUGACUGGGCGGCGAGCUCUCGCCUGUUCGAUGUGCAGAAGGCCGUGCGGGCGGAGCAAAACUAUGUUGCUGGGGCAAAACAGCGCGCCGCUCGUUCGAUGUACCAGCGCUUCCUCGAAUACACCCUCGAGCGGGUCGAGUCAGAAACACAGAUGCCGUCCCAGACGACUGUCUCGACGGACGAUGUGUUACGCUUUUUCGGCAAGAAAGCGGAACACGACGCCCUUAUCAAUGCGUCCCUCAUGAAGGCGCAUGCAAGGAAGAUUUUUGCAGGCAAGCUCGUGGAGGAAUGGACGGGGCUGAAGGGGAUGCCAGUGAAGUGGCUGAUGGACACAGUGCGCGAG